UGUAGCGAUACAUGGUUCGAUUCAGAACAAUUUUCUUUUGCCAAAGUGUCGUAAAUGAGUGAAUACGUGUUGAACGUUGUGGAAUGAUUAAUUAGUUAUUUUAUUAUACUUUUUACGCAUUGAAUUGUUCUUCAUGAACAUUCUUCUGUGUUGUAACGUCUCUGUUUACUGCGAAUUAAGAAGCGAAACUGGCAUGAAUCGCCAUUUAAGGACAUGGAAGUGCUGAAAAACCUGUAUCUGUUUUUGUUUAUUUUUUCAAUCAUGUGCUGAACGGACGCGGACCUAACUGUCCUUUGUAGCAGGAACGUCUGGUCUCUUGAUCUCAUGCCUGUACGAACAGACACAGAGCCAUCGUUUACCAUGACCUGAUUUACACAGUUUGGGUUGUAAAAGCUACAUGCCGUAAGGGGGAACUAAGACUAAGAGCAGAUCAGGGCAGAAGCGGAGCACUUCUUUUCUGUGUGGACGCCCCCUGCUUUCCCUUUUGCAAAAGAUUUGAAACUCCAUGCAGACUCUUGUGUGAUUUUUCUUCCCCUAUUGCAGAUCAGGUUUUUGGCGUCCUUGACGGAAAGACAACGUGGAUUGCUGUGAUUGUGAGACUAGCAGACGAUCUGAGCUGCAGUGAAGAGGACUGAGAUGUUUGUGGGAGUUGGAGCUGAAGUCUUCCUUGUCUUCCCUUCAGUCUCUGAGAGAGUUGAUCAGCGAGCGACUAGCUGCUGCUGCUGAAGAAAUUUUCCGACUCUGUGAAGGAACCAUCUUCCAGAACGAGGAGGAGCUCUGUCGUCAGCGCAGACUGCUGGAUGUUGUCUGGAAACCACAGCUGCAGGUCCAAGCUAUAGUCCUCCCUCAGCAUUGGGUGACUAAAGAAGAAGAUAUCUGUCUCUAGCAGAGGAAUUUCAGAGUGGAACAAAUUAUCCUGAACUUACACAGACUAAACAGGAACUAAAGGAACCAGAACCUCUACAGAUUGAAAAGGAGUAGGAAGAACUAGAACCUCCAGUGAUUAAAGAGGAGCAGGAAGAACCAGAGCCUCCAUUGAUUAAAGAGGAGCAGGAAGAACCAGAACCUCCAAUGAUUAAAGAGGAGCAUGAAGAACCAGAACCUCCAGAGAUUAAAGAGGAGCAGGAAGAACCAGAACCGCCAGAGAUAAAAGAGGAGCAGGAAGAACCAGAGCCUCCAUUGAUUAAAGAUGAGCAGGAAGAACCAAAACCUCCAAUGGUUAAAGAGGAGCAGGAAGAACCAGAACCUCCAAUUAUUAAUGAGGAGCAGGAAGAACCAGGACCUCCAAUGAUUAAAGAGGAGCAGGAAGAACCAGAACCUCCAGAGAUUAAAGAGGAGCAGGACGAACCAGAACCGCCAGAGAUAAAAGAGGAGCAGGAAGAACCAGAACCUCCAGUGAUUAAAAAGGAGCAGGAAGAACCAGAACCUCCAGUGAUUAAAGAGGAGCAGGAAGAACCGGAACCUCCAGUGAUUAAAGAGGAGCAGGAAGAACCACAACCUCCAAUGAUUAAAGAGGAGCAGGAGGAACCACAACCUCCAAUGGUUAAAGAAGAGCAAGAAAAACUCUGCAUCAGCAAGGAUGAGGAGCAGCUUGAUAUGAAGCAGGAGACUGAUACCUUUAUGGAGAUUCCUAUUCAUGAAGAAAAUCAGAACAAUGAAGCAGAUCUUAAAGAACAGCAGAUCUUUAAUGUAAACGAUUGUCAGGAUGAAGAAGGAAACCAACAUGAAGAAUCAUUAUCAACUACAAAUGGCCACACACACCCAAAGAACAGAGAACAGAGGAAGAGAAAAGACAAACGUCCUGUCCAAAAUGUGGACAGCUCUCACAAGAAAACUCACACAGGAGAGAAGGAUUUUACCUGUAAAGAAUGUGAAAAAAGUUUUACCCGUAAAUCUAUUCUCAAAAUGCACAUGAGAAUUCACACAGAAGAAAAGGAUUUUACUUGUAAAGAAUGUGAUAAAAGUUUUAUUAGUAAAUCUAAUCUCAAAAUGCACAUGAGAAUUCACUCAGGAGAGAGGCCUUUUUCUUGUAAAGAAUGUGAUAAAAGUUUUAUUAGUAAAUCUAAUCUCAAUAUGCACAAGGUAAUUCACUCAGAAGAGAGGCCUUUUUCUUGUAAAGAAUGUAAUAAAAGUUUUACUAAGAAACCUAAUCUUAAAACGCACAUGAAAAUUCACUCAGGAGAGAGGCCUUUUUCUUGUAAAGAAUGUAAUAAAAGUUUUACUAGUAAACGUAAUCUUAAAAUCCACAUGAGAAUUCAUACAGGAGAGAAGCCUUUUUUUUGUAAAGAAUGUGAUAAAGGUUUUAGACAAAUAUCUCAUUUCAAAACACACAUGAGAAAUCACAGAGAAGAGAAGCCUUAUUCUUGUAAAGAAUGUGAUGCACGUUUUGAUUUUGUAUCUGGUCUUGAAAGACACAGGAGAAAGCACACAGGAGAAAAGCCGUUUUCAUGUAAAGAUUGUAAAAAAAGUUUUAAACGUAAAUGUAAUCUCAAAAUACACAUGAGAAUUCAUACAGGGGAGAGGCCUUUUUUGUGUAAAGAAUGUAAUUCAAGUUUUACUUUUGAAAAUGGCCUUAAAAUACACAUGAGAAAUCACACAGGAGAAAGGCCUUAUUCUUGUAAAGAAUGUGAUAAAAGCUUUAUUCAAAUGUGUGAACUCAAAGCACACAUGAUAACUCACACAGGAGAAAGGCCUUUUGUAUGUAAAGAAUGUGAUAAAACCUAUUUUCAAAUGUCUGCUCUCAAAGCACACAUGAGAACUCACACAGGAGAAAGGCCUUAUUCUUGUAAAGAAUGUGCUAAAAGUUUUAGACAAAGAUCUCAUUUCAGAACACACAUGAGAACUCACACAGGAGAGAAGCCUUUCUUCUGUAAAGAAUGUGAUAAAAGCUAUAUUCAAAUGUCUGAUCUCAAAGCACACAUGAGAACUCACACAGGAGAAAGGCCUUAUUCUUGUAAAGAAUGUGAUAAAAGUUUUAGACAAAGAUCUCAUUUCAGAACACACAUGAGAACUCACACAGGAGAAAGGCCUUAUUCUUGUAAAGAAUGUGAUAGAAGUUUUAGAUAUGGAUAUGGUCUCAAAAGACACAUUAGAAUUCAUGCAGGAGAGGAGUCCUUUUCAUGUUAAAUAAGUGACAGGUUUUAGUGAUGUAUCUUUUCUCAAACCACACGAGAAUUUUUACAGAAGAAUAACUUUUCUCUAGACUAAUAUUGUUAUUCUGAAUUAAGUAAAAAAAAAUGUGCAUCUUAAACAAACAAAAGAAAUUCAGCUGAGGACUCAUGAGGAAAAGACAAAGCUUUUAAUAGGAAAGACGUAAUACUGUGAGUCUUUUUCUUCUCCUUUUUAAAGAACGGCUGCAAUUUUACACUAAAUUAGUACACUAACAUUUAACCCCUUUUUUAUUACCGGUAUUUAACAGGUAAUAAAAUCCCAUACGUAUCCAAAAAUCAGAAUUUAAAAAGUGAAUAAGAGGACCCACACUCAUUUGCUAUCUAACUCCAAACAUUUGCCGAGGUCUUAUUGAGCCUUUAAAAACUCACUCCAAUGGAAAUUGUGUUUUUGAUCUUUUUUACAUGUUUUUGAAGCAUUUUUUUCAUGAUGAAGAACAUCUAUAAAAUAAUUUUAGAUUAAAACUGUGUUUCUGAGUAUAUCUUGAUUUAAAUUGUGGUGGAUUUGGCGCAAUUGAAAACCUGCGCUUUGAAAACCUCAAUAAUUGUGACGCAACAACUGCCAUGGGACAAGGUCUCCCACCUCCGCUCCAAUUCUGAAGCACAUACUUGCAGACAAAUAGAUCCAUUAACAAGUGCUGUCAUGCGAUUAAUUUUUUGUGCUUAAUCAAUCGUGGCCUUUAAUUAAUCUAUAUUAAUCGCUCAUAUUUUUAACCUUAUAUUGCUGUAAAAAGUUUUAUUUUUAGGUAUUUUCUUUUAAGUUUGUGACAUUGUGGUGCUGAAAAUGAUCAAAAUACCAUCAAAAAUGUGUUAAAAAACAUAAAUCAACCUUCAGAUUUAGAGUGCUGUAAUUAACCACAUCAAAAAACAGUAACACUUCAGAGCAAUCAAAAAAAUAUUGACUGUGAAUUUCUUAAUAUCUUAAUACAUAUAAUGAGCUGUGUAGGGCUGUAAAGUCAUUUUGUGUCUGUAACUAACAGAAUCUUGAAACCAUUUCUAAAUAUA